AUGCCCGGGAGAGUAAUGCCGACGUUUACCUCCGCUGAGGUUCAAUCCCACGAUACGGCCAAGUCGUGCUACAUCACCUUGGGAGCUAACGUUUACGACAUCACCGAUUUCCUCGACGCGCACCCUGGUGGUGGUGAUCUCAUUUUGGAGUAUGCCGGCAAGGAUGUGAAGGAUAUCCUGAAGGACGAGAUGUCCCACGAACAUAGCGAUGCCGCCUACGAAAUUUUGGACGAGUGCCACAUUGGUUUUGUCUCGGAUGUGCCGGUGUCUAGCAAAACCACGACAACGACUACCAUCAUCGAAACCGUGACCGAAACCGACUCUGGUCCUGUUUACAAAACCACCGGGAUGUCCCGGGAGGAGGACCUGUCGAUUGAUACCGACUAUACCCAGGACUACAAAACACACAAGUUCUUAGACUUGAACAAGCCCCUUCUGAUGCAGCUGUGGCGCAGCAACUUCUCCAAGGAGUUCUAUCUGGAACAGAUUCAUCGACCUCGUCACUACCGGGGAGGAGAGUCCGCUCCUCUGUUCGGCAAUUUCCUCGAGCCUCUCAGCAAAACCGCGUGGUACGUCGUGCCAAUGGUCUGGUUGCCACUGGUUAGCUACGGUAUCACGGUCGGAGCUGCCGGGCUGGGGAGCACCCCCGUCGCUGCCUCCUACUUCCUUAGCGGCGUGGGUCUCUGGACUCUGAUCGAGUAUCUGAUGCAUCGGUUCCUCUUCCACAUUGAUCACUGGCUUCCGGACAACCGUGUCGGUCUGACCCUGCACUUCUUGCUCCACGGUAUCCACCACUACCUCCCGAUGGACAAAUAUCGUCUUGUCAUGCCACCGACACUGUUUGUGGUUCUAGCUGCUCCAUUCUGGAAGCUGGCACACGCAGUCUUCUUUUACAAUUGGUACGCGGCUACAUCGGUAUUCUGUGGCGGAAUCUUCGGGUACAUUUGUUAUGAUCUCACCCAUUACUUCCUGCACCACCGCAAUCUUCCUUCGUACUACAAGGAACUCAAGAAGUACCACCUCCAGCACCAUUUCGCUGAUUUCGAAAAUGGCUUUGGCGUGACUAGUCGGUUCUGGGAUCAGGUGUUCGGUACCGAGCUGGUAUCUCCUGCUCUGAAGGGCACCAAGGCUCAGUGA